AACAAUGGGGGCUUCUCAGCUUCUAGAACUCCUACCCCAACAAUGGCAGCUUGUGCUAGUCAUUCUCCCACUCGUCUCCCUCCUCCUCCUGCACAGGAGCCGGAACAGUUCCAGCGGCACUAGGCUGCCACCAGGGCCCUGGAAGCUGCCCAUCGUCGGCAACCUGCAUCAGAUCGGCCCGCUGCCCCACCGGAGCCUGCUGACGCUCGCAAGGCGGCACGGGCCGGUGAUGAUGAUGCGGCUGGGCACGGUUCCGACGGUGGUGCUGUCCUCACCGGAGGCCGCACGCGAGGCUCUCAAGACUCACGACGCAGACUGCUGCGGCCGGUCCCCCUCGGCCGGGCCGCGGCUGCUGUCCUACGGCUACAAGGACGUCAUCUUCUCCCCCUAUGGCGACUACGUCCGCGAGAUGCGCAAGCUCUUCAUCCUCGAGCUGCUCAGCCGCCGCCACGUGCAGGCUGCUUGUUAUGCUCGCGAUGCCCAGGCGGAAAAGCUGGUGAAGAACCUCACCAGUAUUGGGCCAAAACCGGUGCCGGUUGCGGACCACAUCUCCGCCACGGUGGACGGGAUUUUUGGCUCAUUUGCUUUUGGGGGAAACCACGCGGCAGAGCAGUUCAAGGGACAGUUGGUCCCCAUGAUGAACGAGGGCGUGGACAUGCUGAGUAGCUUCUCUGCCGAGGACUUCUUCGCCAACGCUGCUGGCAGCCUCUUUGACCAUGUUACGGGCAUCAAGGCCCGCCGACAGAGGAUCUUUAAGAAGCUCGAUGGAUUCUUUGAACAGGUCAUCGAGCAUUACGCGAAUGAAGACCCCACCAGGAAAAAACUUGACGACAAUUGCAGAUCAGCACUCGUGGAAGAGCUUAUCGACCUCUGGAAGAAGCGCAAUAAGAUCACUAAGGACCAUGUCAAGGCUAUCCUCAUGGACACUUUCGUCGCUGGCAAUGAUACUAGUGCAAUAACAAUAAACUGGGCAAUGGCGGAGCUAAUUCGGCACCCAAGGGUGCUCAAGAAGGUACAAGAAGAAAUCAGAACUGCGGUAGGGAGGAAAGAGAGAGUGCAAAGCGAAGACAUGUCCAAGCUAACCUACUUAAGAAUGGUUGUCAAGGAGACCCUACGGCUACGUAUCCCGGCGGCUUUGCUGGUUCCAAGGGAGACCUUACGGAAGAUUCAGAUUGCAGGAUACGACAUCCCAGCCAAGACAAGGGUUAUUGUAAAUGCAUGGGCUAUUGCCAGGGAUCCCAAUGUCUGGAAGGAUCCGGAGGAGUUUUACCCUGAACGUUUUGAGGACACGGAUAUAGACUUCAAUGGGGCACAUUUCGAGCUAUUGCCGUUUGGCUCGGGACGGCGCAUCUGCCCAGGAAUGGACAUGGGUGUGGCCAACGUGGAAUUCAUCCUGGCCAACAUAUUGUACUGCUUCAACUGGGAGCUUCCACCUGGAAUGAAUAUUGAGGAUCUAAGCAUGGAGGAGGAAGGGGCUCUGACCAUUCGAAAGAAGACUCCACUCAUGUUGGUGCUGACAAGGUACACUGCAUAUCAGUGAUCAAACCAAAUGGUUGGAAAUAUGACCGGUCACUUCUUCAUGUUUUGUUGUAUGUGUCAUUUGUUUACAAUAAGUAAGUUUGUCCGUC